AUGGUGUGGAAUUGCUUUGAAAAAAGACGAUGCGUCUGCGUAUUUGCAUCUACCGCCAAGUUUGGCAAGAUUCUCGCCAACAGAGCCCGAUGUUAUUGUGUACAGUGGUUAUGGUCUGAGAAAACUGAUACAAUUCUACAGCUUGUCCCAGAGAAAGAUCGACUAGUGAAAGUAAUUGAUUAUGAUAAAGGUAGCUUUCAAGAUUUCGAUAUGCAUUGUGACUCUAUUAGCCAUGUGACAUUUUCUCCGACCGGAGAUAAACUGUUUUCCGUUGGUUUUUCGGAUGUUGCUUUGUGGAAGGUGUUGAUAUAGAGAGACGUCCUUAUUACACAAUCUUGGCAAAACAAUAUAAAGUCGAAGGCUGGUGCGCUAUAGUCUAUGACCCGUCAAUUUAAAAACUCGACAUUUUAUCGGCUUAUUGAGAGCAAUAGAGAGAUAUGCGUAAAAUAUAAAAUGUAUAAUACAUUCUUAUUUAUGAAAGGAAAGUAAAACCAGCAAAA